AUGAUGGUGUUCGGUCACUCAGGGACCGGCGGAGGUUUCCUUCCUGGAAAACAACAGGUUUUUCCGGUGGACUACGAAGCCGACGUUUCUCAACGCCUCCUUCAAGCUUCCUCCUCCGGCGAUCUCAAAUCGGCAUUUGAUUGUAUUGACGAUCCCUACGUUGACGUUAACUUUGUCGGCGAUGUUUCCUUGAAGGUUCGUAUGGCGGAGGUUCACUGCCGCGAUGAAUCGGAGAAUGUGGUGCGAUUUGAGUAUAAGGACUUCAAAACCGACGUUACUGCUUUGUUCGUCGCCGUUCAUACUGGAAAUACGACACUCGUCAGAAAAUUACUGAACCGUGGAGCCGAUGUGAAUCAUAAACUAUUUAGAGGCUUUUCAAUGACAGCGGCAGUAAGGGAGGGCCAUCUUGAGAUCUUUGAGAUCUUAAUUAAGGCUGGUGCUUCUCAGCCUUGUUGCGAGGAAGCUCUACUCGAGGCCAGCUGUCAUGGACGCGGAGGAAAAUUUAUCGAGUUGUUAAUGGCUUCGGAUAUGAUACGGCCCCAUAUCGCUGUUCAUGCUCUUGUCACAGCAUGCUGCAGAGGAUUUAUAGAUGUGGUUGAUGUCCUCUUGAAGUGUGGGAUAGAUGUAAAUGCAUCUGCCAGAGUGUUGCUCUGCUCAUCUAAGCCUUCUCUCCAUACAAAUAUCAACUGCACACCCCUUGUGGCAGCCGUUGUUAGUCGACAAGUUGCUGUUGUUCGCCUGCUGUUGCAGGCUGGAGCCGAUGUCAACAUCAAGGUUCAACUAGGAGCAUGGUCUUGGGAUAUGGGUUCGGGUGACGAGUUUCGGGUCGGAGCUGGACUAGCGGAGCCGUACGCCAUAACUUGGUGUGCGGUCGAGUACUUUGAAGCCACUGGUGCCAUCUUGCAAAUGCUACUCCAACACAUCUCCGUCGACACGUGUCACAAUUCUAGAACCCUCCUUCAUCACGCCGUACUUUGUGGUAACACCUCAGCCGUCAAAACGCUAAUAAAAUGUGGGUCCGACAUCGAAUACCCAUUUAAAUCCACCCAAAAGAACGAAACGCGACCCGUACACAUGGCUGCCCGACUUGGAUUCCCAUCGAUUCUACAGCAACUGAUAGAAUCGGGGUGUGAUAUUAAUUCAAGAACCAAAUACAAUGGCGAAACUGCUCAAAUGAUUUGUGCCAAGUAUAAACGGGAAGAGUGUCUCCGAGUCUUGACCGAGGCUGGUGCGGACCUCGGUUCGAUCAGUUUGGCGGGUCAGUCCGCACGGUCUAUUGCCGAGUCGAACCGAUGGUCUCUUGGCUUUCAACAAGCAGUACUGGGCGUUAUUAGAGCCGGAACGAUACCGAAAUCCAGUAAUCCGUCUGUCUUUUCGGCUCUAAUGUUCGUAGCUGAUUCAGGAGAUGUACACGCGUUGAAAGCUCUAAUCGUUCGAGAAGAAAUUAAUCUCGAUGAACAAGACGAGAAGGGGUUUUCGGCGGUUAUGGUGACGGCAAUGAGAGGUCAUAUCGAAGCGUUCCGGUUACUUGUCUAUGCCGGAUGUGAUGUGAAGCUUACUAAUAAAGCCGGCGAGACCGCCAUUUCUCUAUCGAAAAUGAACGAGAAUUCCGAUAUGUUCGAGAAGGUAAUGAUCGAAUUCACCCUCGAAAAAGGUAACCAAAAUGCGAGAGGGUUUUAUCCACUACAUUACGCCGCUCGUCACGGCGACUUGCAUGCGGUCAAACUGUUGGUCAGCAGAGGAUACGACGUAAAUAUGCCGGACGGGGAUGAACACACACCGCUCAUGUUAGCAGCAAGAGAAGGGAAUUCGCAAAUGUGCGAAGUAUUGAUUUCGUACGGAUCCAUAUGCGAUUUCGAGAAUUCAAAAGGCGAAACCGCACUGUCACUUGCGAGAAAGCACACCGAGAAGGAGGCAGAAUGCGUGAUAUUGGACGAGCUUGCGAGGAUGCUAGUUCUUAGCGGGGGUGACGUAUUGAAACAUACGAAGGGAGGGAGAGGAUGUUCACAUAUGAAAUCGUUGAAAAUGAUAGCAGGUGGAGUUUUAAGAUGGGGGAAUUCGAAAAGGAGAAAUGUCAUUUGCGAGGACGCCGGGGUGGGACCAAGUGCGAGUUUCCAAAGAUGUCGAAGGAAGAAAGGCGAUGCCGAGAGAGCGGGGAUCUUCUGGGUGGUGACGAUGAAGAACAAAGAGGUGCAUUUUGUGUGUGACGGCGGGUUCGAAAUGGCGGAGUUGUGGGUGAGGGGGAUAAAGAUUGUGACAGGAGCAGCUCGGAAACAAAAAUAG